UUGAUCGAUUCCGCAGGUGUGCAAGACGGCAAGGGUCCUUGGCAGCUAAUCACUGCCAAUUCUUCUUGUGCAGUUACUUUAAUUGCUAAUAACCUCAAUAACGCCAAUCUUCAGUACGAUUCCUACCUAGUUCUUCCAACAAAAUGGGCAAAGGAUGGUUACGUCUAUGCGUUUACGCUUCCACCAGGCAGUGACAAUUACCCCAAUGAGCAUAUCACAAUUAUUCCUACGGAAAGAGACGUUAAAGGAGUGCUGAACUAUGAAAAUGACCUUCACAAUGUCUCACAGGCAUUCACAGCAAAACUGGUUGGCCCAACUGCUUAUUUCAUGAAUCGUGGAUGGGACACGACUUAUAAGAUAGAGGCAGACGGUCCAAUAUUGGUGAGUUUUUCGUUGGAAACACGCAGAAAGCAAAAAUAA